CCACAACUUGGCUGGAAAUUUGGGCUUUGACCGUGGAACUUUGUCGACUGCUGAGCGCUAAGCUGUCCAUCUGGCUCAGGCGAAUCGAGCUAGCGUUCGUUGCAAGUGAGGUUAUUGCGAUGUGAUGCGAUGUGAGCGUCAUCAGUCAGUCACCCAGUCACACAGUCACACAGUCACACAGUCGCAGCUUCCAGCGAUCAACGCGAAGCCGGCGGGCGAAAGGUACGUCUGCGAAUUACGAAUGUGAAUGGUGUAAGGCUCGCUCAGCAAGCAGCUCUCGGGCCUUGCGUGCUGAGCGAGUCUGUUAUUAAAACAUAAAGGUAGAGCACAUUCCCAUCUCGCUCGCUCGCUCGCUCGCUCUCACGAGUACCGUCAAGACACUCGGGGCCCUCUCUCUCUCUCAGCUCGCCCUACCCACGCAUCAAGAUGUCGCUUCCGUUCCUUGGCGGUAGUCAAUCCGCUCCCGCACAGGAGAAAGCUCCGAGCAAGAGCAAGUCGAUGUUCAAGCUGACCAAGCUGAACAAGGCUCUGGGCGGACUGCUGUGUCUCAGCUUGGCGAGGAAAGGAGCUUUGUGUUGCAAUUUGACCUGCUCCUGCUUCAACGACGUGGAGAGCGCAGAGGCUGCCAAAGCCAAGGAAAGGAGCGCAUCUCACGAAGCAUCUGCAGCACGAUGGCAGUAUCGCUCUCAGAAAGCAGAGCAUCAAGCCGCUCGAAGAGCAGCCAAGGACGAGAGGCGCGAGUCCAGGCUGGAUGCAAAGGCCGAGGCGAGAGCUUCAAAAAGGGCUCAUCUGGCAGAGAAAAAGAGCGCUCGAAGAGAAGCUUCCAAGGCCAAGCACGAAGACAAAAAGGCAGAGGCACGUGAAGCGCAACGUGAGAAGAUCGAGAGAAGACGCAGCAGCAGGAGAGGGGCCGGAUUGGCUGACGCGAUCAAUGCUCCGGUCAUGACCAUUGCUGACACACCGGUAUCAUCUACGACGACUCCUGCGCCUUACAAUAUCCCUUUGGACUCCAACCCGACGACCACUGCCGCCUCUUCCAUCUCGCCUACGAUGCCGGUGCCCGCGCCGACGCAACGACAAACUCUUGCGACUACCGCGCCCGUGUCUGGCCAUGUUGAAACGGUCGCUCCAACACCGACCCUGUCCCAUCCAUCCGCUUCGACUGCCAGCAACAACGUGACACAAGCUGCAGAGGAAUCAUCGCGUCCAUCAAAGCACGAAGCUCGCAAAGCAGCCAAGGAGCGCCGACACGAGAAGAAGCAAGAAGUCAAGUCUCAUCGUCGAGAGAAAAGAGAAGAAAAGGCUCAAAAGAGGUUGGACAGGAAGGAAAAGAGGAGGCAGAAGGGUAGGAGGGGCGGUUCGAGCUACGGUGCGGAUGGGCAAGCUUCUACUGAACAUACUGAACAUGGUGAUGAGACUUCGACAUCUCCUUCCACUCCUGCUUCUCCGGCUCCGCCUUACCUGAGUCAGCCGAUGACCCUCUCCACUUCUGAAGCACCCGCCGCCGUCAGCGAGGAGCCAAUGCGGGCCGCACAGGACUCGCAAGCGUCUGAUGCUCAUGUUAGCGAGCAACCGUAGCGCCCGCCAGGUCUCUGUUCCCUGCCCAUUGACCCGAACGCAUCCUCCUCCAUCUUCAUCGUUGCGUCAGUUUAUACCACAAGGCUUUACUCACGACUGUUUGGUCGCCGUACGUCGAGUGAAUGCAUAGCGUUUCUAUUUUCGAG